GGGAUAUACAACCAAACAUGAUGCUAAGAUCAUUACUGUUGGUAUGCGCGGCGCUUUGCGCACAAGCGGCCGCUGGUCUGAUAGCUCCCGUGGCCUACGGUGGAGCCUGGAACCCGUACAGCUCUUACCCGGCUCAGCCUGCGAUCGCCUCACAGCACUCCAACAUACUUAGAUCACCGUUCAACUUGGGACAGGUAUCGACCUACUCCAAAGCGAUAGACACGCCUUUCUCGAGUGUUCGCAAAUCGGACAUCCGCGUCAGCAACCCGGGUGUAGCUGUGGCUCCGGCGUACGGCGGCAUCGCGUCUCCUUACGUGUCACACGUCGGUGUGGCUUCACCUUAUGCGCCUGUUGCCAGGGUUGCUGCCGCCGGUGGUCUUCUUGGAGUGGCAUAUUCUGCAGCACCAGCUGUCUCCCACAUGACCUACACAAACGGCCUCGGUCUUGCCUACGCUUGGUAGACCCGCGAAAUGAAAAAGGAUAACGUUUUGCAUUGAUUGUUAUGUAUUAAAAUAUGCACCUAAGAUUCUCCUAUAUUUAUUACCUGUUAGUUUUAACUUUAUCUUAUAAAAUAUAAUUUAGAUUAUUUGAAAUAAAC